AUGAAGGCAGCAGCUUUUGGAUCGAAUUUUGUACAAAAUUUAGUUUAUUCGGGACCAGAAGGGGAACACAUUUAUGAAGGAACUGUAGGCUAUCAAAAUUAUUCUCAACAUGUACGUUAUGAGCUGCCAUCACAUUCUUCCUCAACAAUUAUUGUAGCAGAUCACUUACCUGCAUUUAUCCAGCCUUUACGUCAUCGUCCUUAUUGUUCUUUGGAAUUUUGGAAUAUUAAUGAUAGAGCAUCAACUGCUAUACUCAAUGCAAAUUCUGCUUUGGAAAUGGCACAAUUACAGUUGAAGGUUUGGUUUGGGUUACCUUUAGAGCUCCAGUUUUGUACAUGCUUUUAUCAAAACUUAUGCGUCCCAUAUUUUUUUGGGUUUUUUCGAAUAUGUUUCUCCGAGUUUUUAAUAUUUGUUUUGGGUUCUGAUUUAUUUUUUGGUUUUCGGGAUCCCAAUGGGAUAAAGGAAAUAGCCAGGGGGCCGAUUUCAGGGUGGGCUAAAAUGGGGUUUUCGUCAAAAUUUUGGCGUUUAUCUUUGGCCCUUUUGAACGAUUGUCCUUAUUUUUCACAUUGUUUCCUUAGCAUUCUUUAUUUUUAUCUAAUCACAAAUUCUAUUUUAGCAAGCUUCAAAAUUGCUUCCUUCACUGCCUGA